GGAACAAACAGUUCCAGAGGACUUCAAGAGGGAAGGAACAAAUUAAAAACUAGAUUUUUUUAACCUUUUAUUUUCCUGACUCACCAAUAUCUGGGCUUCUUUUUUUGUCCAUCUUCCUUUUUUUAUUUUGGAAUUUGAACUCUACAUUUUCCCUACUACUUUUACCUCAAACAUUUGUUUUAGACCUUCAAAAUGUUUCCAGAGACACACAAAGGCAACAGCUAUGAGGACUGCAAGGACACAGCUGAUUGGCUGCAGACUCAAACCGACAUUCGACCUAUCGUGGGCAUUGUGUGUGGCUCGGGGCUCGGGGGCCUGGCUGAUAUGUUGAAGGACCAGGUGGCCUUCAACUACAAGGACAUUCCCAACUUUCCCCAGAGCACAGUGCACGGACACGCAGGACGCCUGGUGUUCGGCACCUUGAAAGGAAGGCCGUGCYUUUGCAUGCAGGGACGUUUCCACCUCUACGAAGGCUAUCCCAUCCAAAAGAUAACCCUGCCUAUGCGCAUCUUCAAGUUGCUCGGCGUUGAGACGGUGAUACUCACCAACGCAGCGGGAGGCCUGAACCAGGACUUCAAAGUGGGCGACAUCAUGGUUAUCAAAGACCACAUCAACAUGCCCGGCUUCGCAGGGAACAAUCCACUGGUUGGACCCAAUGACGAGAGGUUUGGCGUGCGUUUCCCCUGCAUGUCCGACGCCUACGAUCGAGACCUGAAGCAGCUGGCUAUGGACAUUGGACAGGAACUUGGUUAUGGAGACUUCCUGAAGGAGGGGGUCUACUGCGUGCUGGGUGGACCGUCAUUUGAGACUAUUGCGGAGUGCCGUAUACUGCACAAACUGGGAGCUGACGCUGUUGGCAUGAGCACAGCCCACGAGGUGAUUGUCGCCCGUCACUGUGGCCUGCGUGUCUUCGCCCUCUCGCUCAUCACCAACCUGGUGGUGACGGACUACGACAGCCAAGAGAAGGCCAACCAUGAGGACGUCCUUCAGACGAGCAAGCAACGAGCGGAGCAGCUAGAACGGCUUGUUUCCACCGUGGUGACCCGGAUUGAGUCCAACAACAACUACAUCUAAGAAGACACGCCUUAGGGAAUUCGUCUACAACACUUGUACUGGCUCACAGGUAAUACCUUUAAGAAAACCCUCCCUGGUUUAAAAUGAAGCCAUUCUGAAUCUGUUGUACACAGAAUUCAACAAUAACCUCUUUGUGCCCCYUAGGACACAUAAUCUAAUGAGUGGCUCCACUACAAGUCACUUCUUAGUUUUUUUUGUAUUGUUUUUAUAAAUAUGGUGUAUUUGUUCUAACUUAUGUGAUCCAACUUGUAAAGAUGUUUGCAAUUUAACUUAACAAUAAUCAACAAUCUGCUGUAAGGAUCUUAAUGUAACUAAGCUGUUGAAAUGUGUACAUUACUAUGUAUUUAAUGCUUGUUUUUAUGAGUCUUGUCACUAAAAGUGCUAUUUAUUAAAAUACAUUAAAACAGUAAA